AAAACAGUUGCAAACAUUUUAAUUCUAAAGGAUAACGUGUAUUUUUUAUAUUGUGGAGUAAAUAAAAAGAAGCUGGUGAAACUAUGGGUGUAACUGAUCCAAACAGUACGGAGCAUAGAGAAGGAGAAUCUUCACAGGAUGCAGAUCGAGUCAAAGCUCUGCAGUCUCAAGUGGACGGGGUCAAGGAUAUUAUGACCCAGAAUGUUGAUCGAAUUCUGGCCCGUGGAGAAAGACUGGAUGAUCUAAUGGGAAAAUCUGAAGACCUGGAGGCCGGGGCCCAGAACUUCAAGCAAACCUCCCAGAAGGUCGCUCGUGCUUUCUGGUGGAAAAACGUGAAGCUGAUUGUGCUGAUUGUUGUGAUAGUUCUGGUCAUUUUACUGAUUAUCAUAUUCCUUGCAACUGGUGUGAUUCCAGUCAGUGGAAGUGCUCCAAAACCUCCAACCGUAACGCCACCAUAGGAUUAGGAGCAAAAGAUCAAUUACACAAACACAGUCACAUAUACAUAUCGAUAUAUAUAGAGAGAGAGGGUGAGCAGUGUCCACACACCAACACGUAUAACACACACUUCCUUUAUUUGCACAUUUUACUCCUAUACCUUCAUAUAUCAUGCUAUCAUGUCAUCUUAUAAUGAGGAGCUUUUAUAAUGACAGCCUUGAAACCUUGAAGUGGAAGUAGUUUAAAGACACAACACUGUCUUCUUGACAUACUUUUCACCUCCUGUAAAACAAAAACAUCACUUCAGCUGUCUUUAUGGGCUUCUAAAGCCUGAUGAAAUGCCACAACUGUCUGAAGUUACAAUAUAUUUCACACUGAAGGUAACCUUAUUGAAUUAGAGAAGGUAAUGGGGGACGUACUGCUGAAUGAAUUAUGAAGUAUAUUUAAGACUGUUAUAAUAUAUUACGUAAGUUGUUACUUGUAAUUAUGGAUUAGUUUUAGAUCUUAAGAUUGUCUUUAUUUUGUAUUCGAUGGGUAGCUGUUUUGUCAACAUUUAUGUUAGUUAUACAUGUGAAAGGUCAAAUAAAACUUUGUUCUUAGAAUGUAGCUUUAUAGAAAACACACCGUUUUGUUGAGGAAAUUAUAAAAUUGUGAGAUAGUUCCAGGUCUUAAAUUAAGUUUCUGAAAUCACCAAUGUCCAAAGCUUUAAAACAGAACAAUUUUCUUCCUAUACAGAAUUGAUAAAAUAUUUUUAUGGAAAAAAAGAGCACCUGAACAAGGUCAUUUAGAGAGGAAAUGGGUAUUUUAUUUAUGUCGUUCUUCCUAAUCUGAAAUCUCUGCAUUGAAUGAAUGUGACAAAGUUUAACACUUGCACUGUAAACACAUGCAGUCAGUACUGUAAUGGAAAUUUCAUACUGCAUCAAAAAAAAAAUGUGUUCCACAGUGGCGUUUUAAGACGCAUACUUUUUUCUCAGACAGAAACAGAAAUGUUUAAGAGUCUGUACUGUAAUUUAAGUUUGCGGUUUUUACAUAUCUGGAUUUAUGCAUUGAAAAUCACUUCUCUGAAUUGAUGUCUGAUCUCACUGUAGAUCAGUCUGCUGUUAGCUCCAUGCACUUUGUUUUGUAGAGGUCAAGGCAAUGUCUGUAUGUAGUCAGAAUGACUUGACUGUUCAAAUGUUUGUAAACCUGAGUCUUAUUAUGCUGUAUGUUUCGUAGCAUCCAUUAACAUCAUAGGGUAUUUAAAAACAUAUGAGGGUUUUAAACAUUUGUAUGUAUUAUUCUUCUUAAUAUUAUACACAAAUGAUUACAUCAAAUAAUAAAAAGUGAUUUUAUCUACAGCAAAUUGUCAUUAAAUACAAGAAUAAAUUAAUAAAAACCUUUAAUAAAAA